GUAUCUUCAUCAGGAAAGUUGGUUAUGUGGAAAGUGAACAGGUUUGAAGUGCAUCACUUACGGAAACGGACGACGUCGGUCAGAAUUUUUGCAUCAUGAAGCAUCUCAAGCAGGACUGCGAGAAAAGAGUCAUUGUGGUUGGUGUUGAAACUGAAGAAGAUGCGUGGCUUCUUGGGGCAUAUUUGGAGCCUGGUGACAUCAUUCAGGUCUUUCAUGACGAAGUCGAUGCCCUGUCCGAAGAUUUGGUGGAAUACACUAGUGGAAAGCUGAGAGUAAAAUACUUGAAGUGGCACCGAAACGACUUGGAAAUCUACGGAUCCUCUCGUAGCACUAGUAUAGUGGAAAAUAUCGUUUUGAAAGUGCCGAGCACUUUCAUGGUUGAAAAAAUAAGUUGGACCGAAGACUUCGUCGAUGGAUUUCUGAACCGAGAACGCGUUCAAGGACGCGGAACAGUUGUAAUCGUUGCCAAUGAGGCUCUUACAUUGGUGUGUUGUGUUCAACCCAAGAGCGUUCGAAUUAUAUACCAAAGUGAUAUUCUCAUUGGAAGUGUUAUGGAGAAGCUUAUUGAGAUGCUUGGUGAGAAAAAGCCUGCCGAGAUCAUCAUUGCCGGCAGUCAACGACAGAGAGCUGCAGAAAGCUUCAAAUGCGUUUGCGAGCAUUGUUCUUCUGAACAACUUCCCGUCAUGCUCCACUUCAACCCCAUGAGUCAUCCCGAGGCAUUGGCAAUGUGCAAAAUCGUUUUCCUUCAUUCCUUGAGAGACUCUGUGUGUUAUGACAAACUGCGUGAACAUACUGAUCUACGAUUGAGUGAAACCGCUGCUCUCAUUCGAGACUCGACGAAACUUUUCUUCGAGUUCACAAUCUCUUACAUGAAGAACAACAUCAUGGUCUUGGAUGCAGACAGAUUUGAUUUCGCACUGCGACUCGGAUCACGGAUCUGUUUAGCUUUCGAUCCGCAGAUUGCUGCUGAAGUAUUUUUGGAUUUCAUCCCCCGUGUUGACUCAAAUGAUAAGCUCAUGCUAGUGCUAACGAUGCUCGUUCAGCUGUUUCACCAGCAAAGACUGAGUGAAUCGUUCGCGAAAUCGGCGUGUUGUGCUUUAUUGGAAGUGAUCGCAAGCUUCGGCGAAAUUUCAGAAGAGAGACUCGUUCCACAGUUCCUUCGUCUGGGCUUUACUCUAAUAGGAACUACUGCUUCGUUUCAUGCUUUUUGUGUGCUGACCGAGGCUGAGAAUUCAUGGUCGACUGCGAUCCUCGAGUCCGUCCGAAAUAAGGAAAUGGACAAAUACUAUGUAUUGGUUUCUCGGAGACUCGUCGGAGAUGCCGUAAGCCAAGCGUCGGUUUUGUGCUACGAUUAUUUGGCGAAUUCGGAAAUAUCAGUGUCUAAACCUGGGCUCGGCAGGCUGGUACAUUCCACGCUUGUUCACGAUCUGGUGCCAAAGGUUUAUUCACAUGCAUUUUUAGCCCAUGUGUUCAUCGCAAUGGUGCAGCAUCUUCUGGAAAUCCCGAAAUCUGGUGAAGAACGGCGGAGAAGUGAGAACGUGGGUUAUGGGUUUUUGUUGCUCGAAGCGUCGGUAAACAUGUUCGACGAAGAAGCUUUGGAUGAGAGCUACGUGGAGGCAACUGGAGUCGUCGAGAAUUUCUCGAAACUUCUGUCCAUAGCCACAUUUGCCAGUGAUCCUGAUGUUCGACGAUCCGCUGUGCGAAUUUUCGAAAGUUUGAGUGCCAAAUUCGAUGUGAACGGGAAGAUGAGAGUGUUGGCUCGCUUGACGAAGCGCGAGACGCAAACCGGCAUUCGCGAAUACUUGAUCCGCGAAACAAAGAACUGCUUCCUCUCUGGAAAUGUAUCUGGACUGAAGGUGUUUCGUCAAGUUUUGUUGAACAUUUUCGACUUCCCGAAUGGGUCAAGUGUUCUUGACAAUGAAGCCUGGUUGUUAGCAGCGUGCAGCUUCCUCAGAUUACUCAUAGCUGAACGGUUUCGCAAAACUUUUGACAUUAGCUCUGUGAUACCCGCCAUUGUGGCUAGGUUUCUCGUGCCUUACAGUGAAAAUUGGCGGGAAAUGUCCCGCAGAUUCAUCGGAGGUGAUGUUGCGGGAAAAAGCAGCCAGGACGCGAGUUUUAGCGUGGCUGGGAGUGAAAUGCCGAACUUGACUCCCGAUCAAGUUUCUCGAUCUUCUGAUGGCAUCAGAACAAAACUGUCGAUGUACAAGAUGAUCUUUGGGGAUCUGAUGCUCGAGCUGAAGAUGCGCUCUAUAGAAAUUCCGCUGGAUGUUUACCUUUGAUUUAUUCUGGUGUCCCGCGAUUGGAAGGUUGGCAACUAGGAUUAAAUGCAUUUUCAAAUA